CUCGAUGGUUUUCGGCGCUGCGCCGGCUGCUCUAGCCGCCUUAGCUUUCACUCUUUGGUUUCCGGCCCUGUUCUGGAGGCUCUGAGCGAUUUGAUUCCUGGAGACGAGCUGGGCACGUGGAGAGGCUGGUGGACCGCGCGACCUCGCUCUCGCCAGCCCCAUGUUCGAGGAGCCGGAGUGGGCCGAGGAGGCCCCAGUAGUCGCGGACCUCGGGUCUGUAGCCUUACGGCCUCGGACCACGGCCGACUCGCAGAUCAAGGGCUCCAAGCGCCGCCAGCUCUUGGCCACAUUACGGGCCCUGGAGGCAGCAUCUCUUCCCCAGCAGCCCCCCAGUCUGCCUGGCAGUGACGAGGAGGACGAGGAGGAGGUGGUGGAAAGAAAGAAGAAACGCCCAAAAAAGGUCUUGUUUGCCAGCGCUUCUCCUGAAGUAGAGAAGAAAAGGAAGAAGAAACGUCAAAAACAGGGCCCACCUAGCAGUGACUCCAAGGAAGAGGAAGUGGAAAGGAAGAAGUGCCACAAAGGGGCUCUUCUUGGAAAUGACUUUGCUGAAGAAGAGAAGAGAAAGAGGAAAUGCCAGAAACAGGACCCUUCAAAUCCUGCCCAGCCCCUGGACAAUGUUGACCAAACUGGUUCCAAAGCUUGGAAUUCUAGUGCUGCAAAUGACUUCACCAAGCCAAGCCCUGAGACCCCUUGCUCUAAUCCUCCACAUACUUUGAGUCGCAAGCAGUGGCGGAACCGGCAGAAGAACAAGCGUAGACAGAAGAACAAGUUUCGGCUUCCUCAGCCACCAGAGCAGGCCUCAGUCACAGCCGCCGCAGAGGAGACAGAGGUGCCUCCUGCCCCCAGUCCAGACAGCCAUGGAGCCCGGGCGGAGGCUCUGCGAGCCCGCAUGGCCCAGCGGCUGGAUGGUGCCCGGUUCCGCUACCUCAAUGAACAGCUGUACUCAGGGCCCAGCAGUGCUGCACAGCGCCUCUUCCAGGAAGACCCUGAGGCCUUUCUCCUCUACCACCGUGGCUUCCAGAGCCAAGUUAAGAAGUGGCCACUGCAGCCAGUGGACCGCAUUGCCAGGGAUCUUCACCGGCGGCCUGCGUCCCUCGUGGUGGCUGACUUUGGCUGUGGGGACUGCCGCCUGGCUUCAAGUAUCCGGAACCCUGUGCACUGCUUCGACUUGGCCUCUCUGGACCCCCGGGUCACUGUGUGUGACAUGGCCCAGGUGCCUCUGGAGGAUGAAUCUGUAGAUGUGGCUGUGUUCUGCCUUUCACUGAUGGGAACCAACAUCAGAGACUUCCUAGAGGAGGCAAAUCGAGUGCUGAAGCCAGGGGGUCUCCUGAAAGUGGCUGAGGUCAGCAGCCGCUUUGAAGAUGUUCGGACCUUUCUGGGGGCUGUCACCAAACUGGGCUUCAAGGUCAUCUCCAAGGAGAGGGAAGCGUCAGCUGGUCUUGAGUCCUGUCCGGUAGGACCAUUUGAAGAGGCAAGGAGACCUCAGCACAAAGAAGCUAGGAGUGUGCCAUGUGGGCUGAGGAGGGAGGCUCAGGAGACCACCCAGAGUAAAGCUGCCUCCACCAAGGUAAAGGGGACUGCAGAAAAGGGACAGUAUGAUGCUCCCUUUAAAUAUGUAGCAGGCUCAUGGGGCACAGAAACAUCCAGUCAAGCAAGAACUGUUUUAUCCCCUUCCUUCUCUGCAGUUGGGCCCAGAGCAGUCAGCAGCUCUUAGGUGGAGAGGAGGUGAGAAGAGCAGAGAGCAUCCAGAUUGUUCCUCCCUUCCCUAGUGCAGGCUCCUUGACUUAAGUGGGACAGAGCUGGGAGGUGAAAUAGUUAAAGCUACAAUAGGUGCAGAUUAUUUAUUGUAACGUAGGAUUAGACAUUGCAAUCAUUUUUUUUUAAUUAAUUAAUUUAUUUAUUUUUGGCUGUGUUGGGUCUUCGUUUCUGUGCGAGGGCUUUCUCUAGUUGCUGCGAGCGGGGGCCACUCUUCAUCGCGGUGCGCGGGCCUCUCACUCUCGCGGCCUCUCUUGUUGCGGAGCACAGGCUCCAGACGCGCAGGCUCAGUAAUUGUGGCUCACGGGCCUAGUUGCUCCACGGCAUGUGGGAUCUUCCCAGACCAGGGCUCGAACCCGUGUCCCCUGCAUUAGCAGGCAGAUUCUCAACCACUGCGCCACCAGGGAAGCCCCAUUGCAAUCAUUUGAGAUUGGUUUUGUAUCUUAAACUGAUUCUAAGACAUCUAUGAACUAAGAAUGAGCUGAAAAGUCACAGGCUUGCUGCAGCUUUUCUCUAAAUGAAAAAGGGUUGGUGGGUGGUGAGAGACAAGAAUAAAGUUGGGUUUGGAUAGCAGUCUGUGCUCAUGCUUCCUCAGCAUCCCUUUUAGAGGCUUAUUGCCCCUGCAGUCAUCGUGGUGCUCCAGCUUUUGUUCCUGUAACACUGUUCUAAGGGAGCACAGUUCCCAAAGAAGCAACGUGGUCUUGGCAGAGACACAGCUUGGCUCCAGUCACUCAACCACUUACGUAAUUGCACGAAGCCCUUUACAGAUUCUCACAGAGACCUCUAAUUAUGUUGUCCUCCAUCCCUGGUGACUUCUCAGGCUGGCCACCUGGUUCUAGGACAUUCGACUACUGCAGUAACCACCUUACUGGUCCAGUUGCUUCCACUCCUGUCCCCAGAGCAAUUCAUUUUCCACUCAGCCAAGUGAGCUUUUUAAAAUGUAAGUUAGAUAUGUCACUUCUCUGCUGAAAAUCCUUCAAUGGAUUCACAGUGCUCUGAGAACAAAAGGCAAACUCCUUCCCAGGCCCUAUGUGAUCUUGCCCAGGCCUCUCCAACUGCACCUUAACCCACUGCUUCCACACGAAACUGCAGCCACACAGGCUUUCUUUCCAUUCCUCAAGUGUUCCAAGCCAUUUCUACUUCUGGGUCGUUACAUUUGCCACUCCAUCUUCUCAGGAUACUUUUCCCUGGUGAGUUCAUUUUCAUCUUCCAGAUCUUCACACCAGCAUCACCUUUUCUUUGGAGGAAAAAACGGGCUAGAUGCUCACCAAAAUGUCCUUUUCCUGGACACACAGUUAAAUUACAUUUCCCAGCUCCUUGCAUCAGGGUGGGGCUGUGUGCAUAGUCCUUCCCAGUGGAAAGUGAGUAGAAGUGAUGUUUCACUGCCAGACCAAGACAGUUAAAGAGUGGAUGAGCCUUCUCCGUAUUCUCCACCCCCUCCUCUGCCUUCCAGGGUGACCCUGAAGCACGUGUUUUGAAGAUGGAGUCAGAGCAUAGAAGGAGUCUGGAUAUUUAAGUCCCUGCUUAGAGGAGAAUUGCUUGACCAAGAAUAUCCACAUUUCUUUGAACAAGGAAUAACCUCUGUUGCGUUAAUGUUUAGCCUGAUAUGCCCUGGCUAAUAUACCUUCUCUGGCCAUACUGUCCACCUUAUCUUGAUCACAAAACCCUUUUUGUUUCCUUCAGGUGCUUCAGACAUUUAAUUAGCUUACCAGAUGCCAGUCAACACUUCCCCCAGUCCUAUGAAUUGGACUCCUAACUGGGGAAAAAAUGCUUACAUGAGGGAGUUGAGAUACUGAUUUUAUCAGUUUAUCAGUUACAUUUUGAUUGUGACCAAAAAAAAAAAGGAAAUCCCCCUAAAGAGUAUCUUAAACAAAUUAGAUUUUUCUUCUUGUAAAACUAAAAACCUAAUGGUUGAUGGUUGUUGGCAUUGGUUCAGGAAUUCAAGGAUGUUAGCAGUUAGGUCUGUGUGAUUCUCUUGAUCUCUUGAUCCUCAUGGUCACAAGAUGAUGUGUUUUGAUUAAGCAGAGACACCCUACUUACCGUUACCCUUCUCAGGAGUCUCACAGGUAGCCACAGCCCCUAUCUUUUUGGCCUUACUUCAAGGGUCCUUCUACAUUGUUAGUACUCUGGUGUAAAUAUGUUCCAUUACUCCCUGUAACGUGGCUGAGACCAAUCUGAAAUAUUACUAUUUUAAAUAUAUUUGUCUCCCCCGCCCCUUCCCACAUCUCAGUGGCCUGUCAGCAACUCAUCCAAUUCAAAGCUGUUCUCCCUCCAGCUCAGUGGGGUGGGGAAACCUUCAUGGUCUGUUUCUUUCACUCAUUCUUUACCUCCUCUGUCACUUCUAGGAUUGGGAUGGGGGAAGGCAUGUUAGAGGCAAAAAGGCUAAACUGAUUUAGUUUAGCUUCAUCAGUGUGUUCUACCAAGACAGGCAUUUAAAUGUUGGCUCAGUGUGUGAGGUAUCGGGGUUCUUUGGAGUCCCGCCAUGGGGACUUGCGUGCUAACUGGUUUUGGUUCCCUCCUUAUGAUACUCAGCCCACACUCCCCCUCGGCUCCUCAGCUCCUGACGCUGACAGUGUAUGCACAGCGUCCCAGUGCUAAAGUCCCUCACCCUGGUGGGCAGCCCUCCUGGGAGAGGUCCCAACAAAUACCUUAAGAGUGGUUACCUUUCCGGGAGCUCCCAGGAAACUCAUGCAUGUUGGUCCUGCCAAACAGCCCAAGUGCAGCCCAGCCAGCAGCUGACUCCCCUCCCCUUGCCCUGUCCCAGCUAGCCUGACUCUGAGCUCUCCAUAUCUCUCUCUCUCUGGCUCCAAACCCUCACAAGUGAUUCAGGUUACUUUCUCCCAAGAAGCCUCUGCCCCAGGCUCCACCCCAGUGGCCAUAUGGAGCUGGGUCUAUAAGUUUCUGAGUAUAGCAAGCGUCUUGCUAGAGAAUGUAGUGCUGAAUGAAUAUAAGGUCUCUCCCUCUCAUGGGAACAUGAAAUGACAAUAAGUGGUUCUGUUGGAGCCCUCCUCGCUUGAUUUAGGAUGGAGGGAACAGCACUGCUUCUUUACCUUUCAGGGAGAAGUUCUCUCUAUUCCUAAAAAUUCCCAUCAAUGAAGCUUGCAUUUCUAACUUCAUGUACAGUAGGAAGGUUGGUGGGCCCUGGAUCACCUUUAUUACCUUAGAGUAAAUUCUAUGUAGGUAUAUCUAGCACCCUUAUUUAACAUCUUCUUACUUGUGCAAGUAUUCUUGUAAAAUGUGAAUUGUUCUCGUGCAUGUGCUUUAUUUAUAGAGUAUUGUCAACAAAUCUUGUCUUCUUUUUUUCCAUCACUCAACUGUGUUUUUAAUAUCCAUCUAUGUUAUCAAUCAGGGCCCACUCAGGAAAAUAGAAACCAUACUAAGUGUUUCAGUUAGAGGGCAUUUAAUGCAGAGAAUUGACUACAAGUGAUAGAGGCUGAGACAAAAGAUGCUUGAUGUAAUUAAAAAUUAAGAACUGGAGAAAUCAGAUAAUGUCCUAAGGCCUGGGAAAACAAAAGGGAAGAAGGGAAAUGAUUACCAGAAACUAGGAGCUCAGAAAAGGGGCCACUUUUGACUGGUCAGUACUCAGAUCUUUGUGGGGAGGCUCCCUCCACAUACCUGGUGCUUGGACUUCUGAGGAAGGAAAUGGCCUUGAGGGUGAGGGAGCAAGGUCUGACUGUUCUCUGACUGCCAAGGGGGGAGCUGAUCUGCUGCUGGUGUCUCAGAAGUGUAGCAAAGCUGCUGCUGAGUGCAAAAGAAGCUAGUAGCCAGAGACAACUGUCUGCAGCUGAAAUACUGUGACAGCAACUGGAAAACCGGAAUGAAGACUCUCCCCCCGUGUUUCAUUUUCAGUUUCCCUCUAUGGCAUCCCUUUGGCAAAACCUAAUGGAACCACCUGCCAGUGGAUUCUGGGAAAUACACUUUGCAGAAUCACAGCUGCAACAACACAACUCCAGAGUGUGUGUACAUGGGGGCUGAGAGGGAGGUGUGUUGCAGAGGGAGAUAUGGAGAGUGUAGGAGCCAAAAGAAAAUAGGUAAAUAGCCAGUAUAUUCCAUGUAGCUGCUCAUACAUCUAGAUUGUUGCUUCUGUCAGCUGUGAAGUACUUCAUAAUAUGCAUCCACCGUAGUAAACUUAUAUAUUGGCCUGGUUGCCUCAAAUUCUUUGCCAUCUGGAGAAAUUAAAAUCCUUGCAGCUAGGGUUCUGAGUACAAAAUAAGUGCCCCUGACUAGAUGCACUCAUUUGAGAUUUGGGAGGUAAGGGUCAUCUUCCUGCCGCUUGGCUGUGAUUGCUGGAGGCAGGGGUAGGCGCUGGGUUUCUACAGCAGCGUCCUGCUGAAGCCAGGGACAAAAUAGGGUGCCUGCUGUAGGGGCGAAAGUUCAGCGUAUUCUGGAAGUUCAGUAGGUAAAAUAAAUCUGCUCUGUACAAAUUUGGCUUUAAUAAGAUGGUUAAGAAGAAAAAUUAUUGGAAGGGUGUCAAUAAGUUACUCAGAGAACUAAUGGAAAGUCCAGGGAGUGAGGCUUAGAGAACAGACAGGAGCCAAGGGAGGAUGAACAGCUGCAAAAUCUAAGGUCAACUUUAGUCAGUCUGGUUAGGAUGGCACUGCUGUCACCAUUGCUACUUGACUUUUCUCUCAGUGUUGUUGGUACAUAGAUUGAUGCUGAGAAUUGAGUUAAUCCUCCUCUAUGUUCAUGGCACUAUAUUAGGACUGGCUCAGAAAGGCCCCUCUCCUGUUCUUUGUUAUUUUGUUUGUUUACUUUAUUCCUGAUUCAUACUUCUGCCCCUCUUGUACCCCACAAUGUGUUUGUCGUGUGCCCCUGGACACCUGUGUUUCUUUGGCAAAAUAGAUGGUGGUUUUGGUAUAUGCAUGCUGUGGCAGAGACUUGCCUAGCUGUUCCUCACACCGAUUUUCUUCUUCCUGGGAAAUUAGCUGUACUCUUUGCCGGCUUCCCUUAUUAUUAAGUGUGGCCAUGUGAUUGAAUCUAGCCAAUUGGAUGGUAGUGGAACUAAGGUGUGCUACUUCUGUGACUUGGGUCCUUAAAUUUUCCUAUGCACAGUCCCCCAUGUUAUUUCCACUUUGGCCUUUGAGCAUAUGACCUUGAAAGCUACACAUUGAAGAUGACGGAGCCAAAAGGUGGAAGGAGCUUGAACAUCACUUAGAGGAGAGCCACCCACCAAUUAGGAGCAUGUGUUUUGGAUUUCACGUGAGUGAAAAAUAAAUCUCUAUAUUUUUGAGCCAUUAUACCCUUGGUUUGUUGUUACAGCGACUAGUAAUCUUUUUUUUAAAUCCCUUUUAAUUGAACACAUCAGAAAAGUAAACAAAACACACACCCAUACAGAAAAGUAAACAAAAAUGUUAAGCCUAAUGGUUUAUCACGAGGCCAGUACCUGUGUACACGCCACCUAGACUAAGAAACAGAAGGCUGUCAACACCCAGAAGCCUCUUUUAUGUCACCUCCCAACUUUCUUCUCUUGACUUCACAGUUACGACCAUCCUGACUUUCAUGACAUUGAUUUCCUUGCUUUUCUUUAUAGUCUUACCAGUUGAGCAUCCAUACCUAAAUUGUAUAUAUUUCCAUGUGUCUGGCUUCUUCCACUCAACAUUGGAUUUAUGGGAUUCAUCCAUGUGUUGAGUGCAGCUGAAUUUCAUUCAUUUUUAUUUCUGUAGAAAUAUAUCCCAUUCUGUGAAGAAACCACAGUUUAUUGAUUGAUUCAACUGUUGAUGUACAUUUGAGUUAUAUAUCAAUCAGAAUGGGCUGGAUCAUGCUACAGGAAAUAAAAACCCAAAAUAUUAAUGGCUUAACCCCACAAAAGAUAAUUUUUUAUUAUUGCUGUAGGUUGGCAGGGACUCUGUUCCUAGUCACUAAGGUACUCAAGCUAAUGAAACUCCAUUGCAAUACAUGCUUCCAUAAUCACUAGGCGAGAAAAGGGAACAAGGCAGAUCACACCCUGGCACCAAAAGCUUCACCCUGGAAGCGACACAUGUCCUUUUUGCCCCGUUUAAUUGGCCAAAACAAGUCUCAUUGCCAUGUAUACCUCCCGUACAAGCCUACCGUGUACCCAGAAGGAAGAGAAGCAGAAUGUGAACUGCCUAAUGAUUAGUUUGUGGUUCCUACAAACAAUGCUGCUGUGAACAAUCUUGCUAGUGCCUCUUGUGCAUGUGCACAUGCUUCCUUUGGGAAUAUAACUAGAAGAAAACUGGUCAUAAAGUAUGUAUAUCCUCAACUUUAAUAGUUAAUGCCAGGCUGUUUACAAAUUUUUCAAUUUAUACUCCCUUCACCAGGGAAAUGAGUGUUCACAUAAUCCACGUGAGAAUUCACUUUAUUCCAUAUCUUUGCUAUCUUGUGGCAUUGUCCCCCAGUUCCAGUAUAUGUGUUAUGUUAUGCCCUUUGGUUUAACUUUUCAUUUCCCUGAUUACUAAUGGGAUUGACCUUUUCAUGGGUCUUACUGGCUGUUUGAAAAUCCUCUUCUAUCAAGUGCCUGUUGAAGUCUCUUGCCCAUUUUUUCUAAUGGAUUGUCUUUUCUUUGUUGAUUGUUGUAGUUAUAUAUAUAUAUACACAUAUACAUAUAUAUAUACAUAAUCCCUUUUGGUUAUAUGUACCGCAUGUAUCUUCUCCCAUUCUGUGGUUUGCUUUUUCACUCUCUUAAUGGGUGUUUAUUGAUGAACAGAAGUUUAAUGUAGCCUGGUCUAUCGAUUGUUCAUGGUUAAUGCUGUGUGUGCCUAUUUAAAGAAUCAUUCCUACUGCAAAAUGAUGAAGAUAUCUUACUAAAUUAUCUUCUGGACGUGUUAGUAUUUUGCUUUUCAUAGUUCUACAACCCAUGUGCAACUGAUUUUUCUGUGUGGUUAGAAUAGGAGCCAAGUUUAAUUUUAUUUCCAUCUAGAUAUCCAAUUAAUACAAAACUGUUAAUUGAAAAAAAAAUUUUCCUGUUGCUCUCUACCUUUCCAUAUUUCCAUAUAUUCCAUAUAUAAGUGCGAGUUUGUUUCUGGGCACCCUAAUCCAUUCCUUGGUCUGUACGUCUAUCUUCACAGCAGUACCUCACUGUUUUAACUACAGUAGCUUUCUAAUAAGUCUUAGUAUGUGGUACAGCAAGUCCCACACGUUUUUCAUCUCCAGAAGGACUAUUGUUGGACCUUUGCACUUCCAUGAUUGUCAAGUUCCCCGAACACCCUGAUGGGAUUUUCUUAUGCUGGAUCAGUUUGGUGCGAUUUGAUACAUUUGUAAUACUGAGGCUUCCAAAUCUGUGGUCUGUGUGCUCCAUUUCAUUAAUUGCUGUCAAUAAUGUUUACAGAUUUAUGUGCAAAGUUCUUCUUGCACAUCUUUUGUUAGAUUUAUUCCUAGGCAUUUACUGUUUCUUUUUUAAACAUCUUGCAAAUGGGAUCUUUAGAAACUUCAUUUUCUGCUUGCUUGUAUAUAGAAAUAUCACCAAUUUUUGUGUGUUGACCAUGGAGCAGCACCCUUGCUAAGUAACCUCACUUACUAACUGUAAUAAUUUAUCUGUGUUCUUUUAUUUUCUACAUAUAUUAUACUCAUAUCAUCUCUGAACAUUGUAUCAGUUUAUUUUAUCCUUUCUAAUUCUAUAUCAUUUAUUCUUUUUUUUUUUUUUUUUUUUUAAAUUUAUUUAUUUAUUUAUUUUUGGCUGUGUUGGGUCUUCGUUUCUGUGCGAGGGCUUUCCCUAGUUGUGGCGAGCGGGAGCCAGUCUUCAUCGCGGUGCGCGGGCCUCUCACCAUCGCGGCCUCUCUUGUUGCAGAGCACAGGCUCCAGACACGCAGGCUCAGUAGUUGUGGCUCACGGGCCCAGUUGCUCCGUGGCAUGUGGGAUCUUCCCAGACCAGGGCUCGAACCCGUGUCCCCUGCACCGGCAGGCGGAUUCUCAACCACUGCACCACCAGGGAAACCCUAUAUCAUUUAUUCUUAUCCAUGCUAUACUCCACUGGCCAGGAGAUCCAUCACUGUGUUCAAGAAAAGUGAUGUUGGUGGAAGUGUGACUCAUUAUCAGACUUGAAGGAAAAGCUUUCAGUAUUUCGUCACUGAGUGUGAUAUUUGAAGUGAGAUUCUGAUUAAUGGUUGUCAGAUCAGUAAUGUGCUCUACUUGCUAUUACUUGUAUCAUGAAUUGGAUUGUAUUUAUUUAUUUAUUUUUGGCUGUGUUGGGUCUUCGUUUCUGUGCGAGGGCUUUCUCUAGUUGUGGCAAGCGGGGGCCACUCUUCAUCGCGGUGCGCGGGCCUCUCACUAUCGCGGCCUCUCUUGUUGUGGAGCACAGGCUCCAGUCGCGCAGGCUCAGUAGUUGUGGCUCAGGGCCUAGUUGCUCUGCGGCAUGUGGGAUCUUCCCAGACCAGGGCUCGAACCCGUGUCCCCUGCAUUGGCAGGCAGAUUCUCAACCACUGGGCCACCAGGGAAGCCCCCAUGAAUUGGAUUUUGAAUUUUGUCAAAUGCUGCUUCUGAAUUGAGAUGAUCAUAUGUUUUUAAAAAUUCUGUCAGUGUAGCAAGUAAAAGAUUUAUUUCCAUAUGUGAAA